UUGGAGCUUUGCAGGCUGUGGUCAUCUCAUCACUUGAAUUUGCUGGACUCAAAAAUAAUAAUAAGAAGAAAAGAUGAACAGUAAAAGUAAUGAGAAAAGGAAACCUCUGCAGGAGCAGCUUUCCCAGCACUUCAUCGCGGCGACAGCGUGCCAGGAGCCGGACUACGGCUGGAUGAUCCGGCACUACUGCCUGAAGCAGUUCCAGCUCAGCAUGGAGGGCAUUGGGCAGCGGCUCUGGUGCGACUGGGAUGAGACCGUGGGCACGUACGGGGAGCUGACCAACUGCACGGUGCUGAUCGCCGAGAGGCUCGACUGCUACUGGCCCAACCGGCAGGUGGACGAGUUCUUCGUGGCCGUGCACAGACAGUACUUCAGGAACUGCUCCCCGUCCGGGCGGGCGCUGCACGACCCCCCCAACGCCGUCCUGUGCCCCUUCAUCCUGCUGCCCGUGCUCGUCACCCUGCUCAUGACCGCACUGGUGGUGUGGAGGAGCAAACGCAGCGAGGGCAUCGUGUAGGGAACGCCCCGCGGCCGGCCCAGGGGAGGGACGGGGGGAUCUCCCCUGGAACGUGCCUGGUUUUUUGGGAAGACCCUGGCAGAGGAGCAUCACGGAGGGUACCAAGCGCUGGAAGCAGAGACAGCAUCGCCACUGCUCCUCUUCACCAGUACCCUCUGUGCCACACCCCCGGUGGUUUCCCAAUGAAUGCAUCAUUUAAGACAGGGUUGUUGGGCAAAAUGGGAUUCUGGGGGCCAGUGAGGCUGUCAUGGACUGCCCAGACAGCUGGGAGUCCUCCUGGGAUACUGGGGAGCACCACUCACCCCAGGCAUCAGCACUGCUCUGCUCCGCCUUUCCCAAUUACUUCCUCCCUGGCAACCCCCAGCACCGUGUGCCAAGAGAGAAGAAUUUUUAAAGGGGAAAAAAAAA